AUGCAUUCAUCAACGUUUUUUCGUGAUGGUUUGAAGACUUCACCAUUUGUUUCAUUGAUGAGCAAACAUACGUUUGAUGAACCGAAAUCUCCACCAAGCCCUUUAUCACCUGGACAACAAAAACGUGUUCGUUUUCUUGUUGAUAAUAAUAAUGAUCUAUCGAUUGAUGAACAUCAAUCAUCGAUUUUAUUUCGACAAGGAAAUAUCGGAGGACGUACUGGUAAUAUUAGUGGGUUUGAUGAAAUGGAAAACAGUCGUCGAAUAACAUCAAAUUUACUCUUUGGUAAUACUAGUUCUUCAUAUGAUUUUGGAUUAAUGACACAAACAGCUGGGAUGGACCAACCAAUAGGCAAUUCUAAUGUUACAAAUGAUAACUUUACUUUUAUUCAGGCAACUCAACGAACAAAUCUUGCUAAUGAAAGUGGAAAUGACGGAACAUGGUUGACUGUAUUUGGCUAUCGUACGAAUACUGAUGCUCGAACAUUGAUCGACGAAUUUAGCCGUUUUGGAAUAAUAGAAAAAUAUGUGGUAGGAGUAGUUUGUUCCUGUUUUAUUUACUAUUUAUCGAUUCAGAUCGUUGAUACAUCGAAUAUAUUUCAUGUUAAAUUUGCAACUCGUCUUCAAGCUCAACGUGCUCUGAGAAAACAUGGACAUGUUUUUGGUCAAAUAAUGAUUGGUGAUAUUAUUGGACUUAAACCACAAAGUAAUGUUAAUGUUUAUCUUGAAAAUCCUUUUCUUAUACGAAAUCGACAUCGUCUAGGAAUUUUACCAUCUGCACCACUGACAGUUCAAAAUUGA